GGAAGAUUAAUGCCGUAGCACAGUCCUUCACUCCAAUCGGAACCGGCUUUUGUUGUAGAUAUCAUCUGACAUUAGUAGAUGGAAGAGACUCAGGAUGGAGCCAUCAUGAACAGCUAAAUCUCAAACAUGCUGUCAGGACUUGUUUCGGCUGCCAGCCGCUCUCUGAAGUGGACUUUUCCUCUUUGGAAAGCCACUCUUUAUAGAACUUAUUGUCCAUCAGUGCCUAGAAAAUGGCUACCGGGAACUACGAUUCAAAGAAAGACUCAGAGAUGGACUAUGGCACCAUCAACAAGGGUAAACCAGAAGCCCGUGUUUGCCAGAGCUCCAGCAUUUAGAGAAAAACUUGCGAUCAUAGACAGCAGUGGCAGACAUAGCUACAAGCAGCUGUACUACAGCAGCUUAGGUCUUGCGAGUAAAAUCAGUCAAGCUCUAAACUCUGACUUUGGUGGUCUAGAAGGGAAACGAAUCUCCUUCCUGUGUGAUAAUGAUGCUUCCUACACAGUGGCACAGUGGGCAUCUUGGAUGAGUGGCGGGACGGCUGUGCCACUCCACCGAAAACACCCUCCAUCCGAACUGGAGUACAUCAUCUCAGAUUCCCAGAGUUCACUGCUUGUGGCAGCGCAUCCCUAUGCUGAAACCCUUGAGCCACUGGCACAGAAACUGGGGCUGCCAUGCCUGACACUUCCCCCUACUUCUAACCUGGAUGCUUUAGAGGCAGACAAGCAAGAAAACGACACGGCCAUCACAGACUGGGCCGAUCGACCAGCUAUGAUCAUCUACACCAGCGGCACCACAGGGCGACCCAAAGGAGUUCUGCAUACACACAGCAACAUCCAAGCAAUGGUCCAGUGUCUGACUUCGGAGUGGGCAUGGUCCAGAGAUGAUGUCAUCCUCCACACCUUGCCGCUCCACCAUGUGCACGGCAUCGUCAACAAGCUGCUGUGCCCGCUCUGGGUGGGCGCCACCUGCAUCAUGCUCCCUGAAUUCCAGCCUCAUGAGGUGUGGGAGAUGCUGUUGAGCUCCAAGGCUCCGGUGGUUAAUGUGUUCAUGGCCGUGCCAACUAUUUACUCUAAGCUGAUCCAGCACUAUGAUCAGCACUUCACACAGCCUCAUGUGAAGGACUUUGUCAGAGCAGUCUGCAAAGAGAGGAUCAGGCUGAUGGUCUCCGGCUCGGCUGCUCUCCCUCUGCCUACUCUGCAGCGCUGGGAGGAGAUUACAGGCCAUACACUGCUGGAACGUUACGGCAUGACUGAGAUCGGCAUGGCCCUGUCCAACCCUCUCAAGGGCCCACGCAUCCCAGGCGCUGUGGGGUUGCCACUUCCUGGUGUGGAGGUUCGGAUUGUCAUGAAUAACACAACCAACACCACCAUAGCAGAGGGAACUCAUAGAGAGACUCAGGUACGUCCAGGUCUGGAGGGGAAAGAAGGGGAGCUCCUGGUUCGAGGUCCGUCGGUCUUUAAAGAGUACUGGAACAAACCUCAGGAGACCGCUGAAUCCUUCACUGAGGAUGGCUGGUUCAAAACAGGAGACACGGCGGCCUAUAAAGAUGGCGUAUAUUGGAUUCUGGGUCGCAACAGUGUUGACAUCAUCAAGAGUGGCGGCUACAAGAUCAGCGCACUCGAGGUGGAGCGUCACUUACUGGCACAUCCAGACAUUAUAGACGUGGCUGUGAUCGGGGCACCAGAUGCAACAUGGGGCCAGAAAGUCACCGCUGUGGUGCAGCUGAAGAAGGGACAGACGAUGACCUUGCCAGAAUUGAAGACGUGGGCAAGGGAGCACAUGGCGCCCUACACCAUUCCUACAGGCCUGGUGCUGGUGGAGGAGAUGCCGAGGAAUCAGAUGGGCAAGGUCAACAAGAAGGACCUCCUGCGACACUUCUUUCCAUGACUGGACAACUUUGAUGUGUAUGACAACAUACAGAUUGCCGGUUAAAGAACUGCCGGUGGACACCACUGCCUGGUUAUCCCUUUCUGGUCAGAUAAACAUUAUGAGAAGUAUACAGCAAGAAUGGUAAAUAGAGGAAAAACACCUUAUGGAAAGUUCUCUAAUCUCUGAGGUAUGUUAAUCAUACUGCAAACACUGCUGAAAAGGUAUUUUUAUUACAUUGAGUAACAAUUAUCCGAGCCAUACUUACUCUGCUUUUAUGUAAGACAGUUCUGGAAGUCAUAACUUUGAUAUGUACAACCCGGUCUCACGGGGAUUCGUGAAACUGUCACGUAAGUUUUAGUUUCGGUUUCGUGCGCACCAACACGAUUUCGUCAUGUUUUUCGUGCCGCUCACCACGAAAUGUUUUUCGCUGUGGUAAUCACAUCUGAAAGUGGUUUAUACCGGCGGAUUCAUGACGAUCUAAGCUGUCCAUCGGCGUAUACUGCUUGUGUGAUCGCGUUUGUGGCCGCCGGCCGCCGGACAUUCUUGAAAUUCCUAUGCAAAUUGGUAAGUGUAGCACCGGCUUAUGGUUAGGUUAUGGUUAGGAUUAUGGUUAGGGUUAUGUUUAGGGACGAUGUCAUGCAAAAUAUAGCGUUGGAUUCGCCACGGUUUUACAUUAAAAAUAUAAUAUAGCCAUUCUUUUGAAAUACGUUCUGAGUGGCACGAAAAGUCCGCCGUUUAAAAUACAUUGGUGUGCAUUUCGUGGUGAGCGGCACGAAAAACAUGACGAAAUCGUGUUGGUGCGCACGAAACCGAAACAAAAAUUUACGUGACAGUUUCACGAAUCCUCGUGAGAUCGGGCUGAUAUGUAAGGACACAAAAUGUGUUGCCAAAUGGUUUGCCAGUUAAUUUAUCAAAAAAAACCUCCAAACUAGCUGAAGUGGCGUUGGAAACGGUGAGUAACAAUUCAUUAACCAGAAUUAAUGUAACAGACAAGCAAUACGAAAGAAGUUUUCAAACAUUGCCAAUGGCUGUGCUGUAGAAUGUGAAUUUACAAACUCUAUGCAUUCUUAACCGGUUUAGUGUAUGCAGUAAACCCACGAAAAACUCCAGUUUUGUGAGUGUGUUCUCAAAUAACACUAUUGUUAUUCCCAAAAUGGAAUCGAAGGGAGUUGAGCUGUUCACGUCUGCAAAAGAAAUGCAAAUGAAUUAGAAAAGUUUGUGAGGCAGCUCUUGGAAAACAUAGAAAUGAGUGCUGAAAUUUCAUGGUUUGUUCAUUUUUGACUGUAGCACUGAUGAUCUCAUGUUCUAAUUGCAAAGGAUUAAUAUGAUAUACUGUUAAUAUGUAAUAAUAGACUGGGAUGAAAUGUGAUCUACACUGACAGUCAAUAGAAAAUUUGAGACCAUAUUUUUCAACAUAAUUUUUAUUUUGAAGCCCGAAACUUCAUUUUUUUCAUAUGAAUCAUGUGUUUAGCAUAUUGGCAUACAAAAACAAAAAUCUAAAGUUUCAGGAAUGAUUUCAAAAUAAAGAAUUUCACAAAAGAAAAGCGCACCUGCCAAACACAAAGUCACAACAGUCAAUACCGAGUAUGGCCUCCAUUUGCUUCGAUGCAGGCAGCAAUCCGUCGGCGCAUGCUUUGGACCAGGCUUCUGAUUGUGGGUUGGGAACAGCCCAUACGCCUGGCUACAUCACUGUAGCUCAAACCGGCCUCCACCAUACCCAGUGCCCGGAGACGUUGUUCAUGUGAUAGACGUGGCAUGAUGCUGUUCACUGGACUAACAAUGGUGGCCUUUUUUGGGCCUUUAUAUAGGCCUUCAAAACCCAUUCUCAAAUUGUGCAGAUACUCACUGAGUAUUGCUUGGUGUGUAUUUGGUUCACUUUUGCAAAGUGACCAACCCAUGUGCAGUGAAUCAUGACAAAAUGACAACUUAUCAUUAUCUCAACUGCCAGGGCACUAGAUCAUCAGUAAAUCCACAAUGAAUAGUUACAACCCCCCUACAAGUAGAAUUCUGCCUACAUUUCUACCUCAAAGUUUCUGUUGACUGUCAGUAUAGUUCCUUCAGAGUCAAUAUUCUUUAUUUCUGAAGUGUUCAAUCUGCCUUUAUGAGACAGCAACAGCUAGAUUUAGCUGCUGAUUUGUGUUCUGAUUUUCUGAUAAACAUGCUCAAACACAGCUGCAGCUUUUGGUCAAGAUUGCCUGAAGCACUCCUACUGGCAUAUUCACAUGUUUUAUUGGUGAACCUGAUAUGAUCGGAGAAUACACAGUGACAUUUUGAAUUGUGAAAGUGUGAACACAAUUAAGGACUAUGGCUAAUUACACCAGCACGAAGCUAAAUCAAAGACAAUGUGGAGGCAGAACAGGAGAGUGAUGAUCUUUGGAAACACUACUCGGCUAUAUUAGCUUCUUGGCACACACUGAUGACAUGGAUUAUCUGAAAAGUAAAAUGCUGUUUUAAAAUUUAAAUUAAAAAAAUGUGUUAGAAUAGUA